GGCGUGCGUGUGACGUCAGCGCGCCAAGCCCGGAAAAGGCGCGGGCUGUGAGCUGGAGCUGCGCUGCUGCGCGGCGCCUCAGAACCCAUGGCGCUGUGGCGUGGCUCCGCCUGCGCGGGCUUCCUGGCGCUGGCCGUGGGCUGCGUCUUCCUACUGGAGCCGGAAUUGCCUGGCUCGGCGCUCCGCUCGCUUUGGAGCUCGCUGCAGCUGGGACCCGCGCCACCGGGACCUCUUUCCCCCGAGAGCCGCCUGGCGGCCGCCUGGGACACACUCAUCGUGCAGCCGGCCCGGCGCUGGCGCCGCGUGGCCGUGGGAGUCAAUGCGUGCGUCGACGUGGUGCUCUCAGGUGUGAAGCUCCUGCAGGCGCUGGGCCUGAGUCCCCGGAGUGGGCGAGACCAUGCGGUUCUGCGCUCAAGGAACGACCUAGAAGAAGCCUUCGUCCACUUCAUGGGGCAGGGAGCAGCUGCCGAGCGUUUCUUCAGCGACGGGGAAACCUUCCAUGACAUUGCCCAUGUCGCAUCUGAGUUCCCUGGAGCCCAGCACUACGUAGGAGGCAAUGCAGCUUUAAUCGGACAGAAAUUUGCAGCCAACUCAGACUUGAAGGUUCUCCUUUGUGGCCCAAUUGGUCCAAAGCUCCACCAGCUCCUUGAUGAAAACGUGUUUGUCCCGCCAGAGUCACUGCAGGAAGUGGACGAGUUCCACCUCAUUCUGGAGUAUCAGGCAGGAGAGGAGUGGGGCCAGUUUAAAGCUCCCCAUGCCAACCGCUUCAUCUUCUCCCAUGACCUCUCUAAUGGGGCCAUGAAUGCGCUGGAGGUGUUUUCAUCUAGCCUGGAGGAGUUCCAGCCUGACCUGGUGGUCCUCUCGGGAUUGCACAUGAUGGAGGGACAGAGCAAGGAGCUGCAGAAGCAAAGGCUCUUGGAGGUCGUUGCCUCCAUUGCCGACAUCCCCACCAGCGUUCCAGUGCACCUGGAGCUGGCCAGCAUGACAAACCGGGAGCUCAUGAGCAGCAUCGUGCAGCAGCAGGUCCUUCCUGCAGUGACCUCCCUCGGGCUGAAUGAGCAGGAGCUGCUAUUUCUUACUCAGUCUGCGUCUGGACCAUACGCCUCGCUGAACUCCUGGGCCGGGGUCCCAGAUGUGGGCGUGGUCAGCGACAUCCUCUUUUGGGUCCUGCAGGAGCAUGGGGCGAGCACAGGCCGGGCCUCAGCCCUCACCAGGAUCCACUUCCACACGCUGGUCUACCACAUCCUGGCCACAGUGGAUGGGCACUGGUCCAACCAGCUGGCAGCUGUGGCUGCGGGGGCGCGUGUGGCUGGAACACAGGCCUGCGCUACCAAAUCCAUCGACACCAGCCGUGUGUCUCUGAGGGCGCCCCGAGAGUUCAUGACUUCCCACUCCGAGGGGGGCUCCAGGGUCGUGCUAAACCCCAGCAAGCCCGUGGCGGAGUGGCACCGCGGGGGCGUUUCCUUCUACUUCACACCUGUGCUGGUAUGCAAGGAUCCAGUUCGAACUGUGGGCCUUGGGGACGCCAUCUCGGCAGAAGGACUCUUCUACUCGGAAGUGCCCGCGCAGGCUUAGGAAGUCUGUGGGGUCACUGACUGAAGGACCGCAGGAAGCAAGCAGCUCGGGAAGCAAGCAGCUCGGAGUGGGGUCAAGGGUGUCAGUUCUAGACCUAACUGGAAGCUAGCCAAAGAAGCAGCAGCAGGUUCAGCUGUGCAGAUACAUUCCAGCCUGCUGGCAAGCCCGCCAGAACACGUCGGCUUUGAACCAAGACUUAGUUCUCUACUAAUAAGACUGGGUUUUUGUCUUUUAUGUUGUGUGUUGCAGGAGUAAAAGCUUCAAUUCCCAAAUCUCCAACUUCUGCAGUAUUAUCAGGUAUUUUUAAGCCAGACUUCUUCGCCCAAGAGAGCUUGUCAGGCAGAGAAAGCACCCUGUCCCCAAACACGGAAAAAGUGCCCGGGCCUGGGCCUCCGGAUCCUGUCGAGAGGCCCUGAGGGGCCUCACAGUUCCUGUGCAACUGACAGUGACAGUAUUUAGUGAGCGUGCCUUUUUGGUCUUCUGCUCUCAGACUCAGUCAGAGCCACAAGUCCAGAUAGAGCGGUCUCUCCCAUGCUUUAUGGUUGCAGCAGAAAUGGGGGCCUCUGGGAACCUCGAAGCCAGUCAUCCUGCAGGUGUCUGGAAGCCCGGGUGCUGCCAUGAGCCCUGAUACUUGGCUCUGAGCCGUGAAGGAGCUUGCUUUUACAACCCGAAUGUGCAUCUGUGUGUAACAGACCAUGUGUGUUUUAUGUUGUCAUUGAUGCAUCCAUUAAAGUUUGACCUCAAAAGAG